AUGGCUCGGUCAGGAUGCUCUGAAAUUGCUGCAAAAGAGGUUGGUACAUUUACCUUUUGGGGCCUGUCUGAAUUUUUAAUGAGUUUAGGCCAGCUUAACUCUAUUUUUUCCAGCAAAAUCAAAUGUAUUUUCAAAUUUCCGACACUUUGAACAAAACCAACAAGCCUUAUUCAGCUCCCAAGGAAUUCCAGGAUGUAAAAUGGUGAAUUUUUAACAAAUUAAUUCUAAACUGCCACGUUGAAAGUUCAUUAAAAAAAAUAACUUAAUAUUUUUAAGGCACUUGGCAAUCAGCAAAACCAGCCCAACACCAUCGGUUCAACUUGAACUUGAGAAUUAUGAUCAUUCGAAAUCAUACGAUGUUGAGGGAUUUUAUGUGUUCUGUCAAUCGGGAAAGGAACCACGUACCCAAAGGUUUGAGAAACGCUUUGAAUUUGAUGAUAACACUGUCAAGCUUCAAAUUACGAAAGAAGGUGAACUUUUGGAAGAUUCGGAUGUAGAGGUUCUGAUUUCAAUGAUGAUCAAAGUCAAGACUUUCAAAGCUUCACUCCCAUCACAAAAAGUUCUUCUGAUGUUCCCUGGUGAUCGAUUAUUCGUGAACAGAGAUUUGUUGCGCCGAAAUUCGCAAUACUUCCAGAAUCUCGAUCUAUCUCGCGAAGUUUUGUUAAAUGAAAGAAAAAUCGAAUUUUUGGAUGUUAUUCAAAUUCUGGAAGGAAACAAGGAUUGCCAAAUUCACAAGAAAAAUAUCGGAUACCUGAUGAGAAUGGCCAAAGAAUAUCAAAUGAAUGGGUUGAUGGAAAAGUGUGAAAUGGAACUGAAGACAAGUUCGCAGAUCUCCAAGGAAGAAGCGAUUUGUCUUGCCGAUAAAUACAAGUUGUGCAGUGUCUUGAACCCUGCGAUGGGAAAGUUUCGAAACAUUCAAGAGAUCAGGGAAUUCGAAAAUUCGGAGAACUUUAGGAACUUAGAAACAAAGACAAAAGAAGCAGUUUGGCAAAGAAAAAACUACGUCCUGGCAGGACAAAGAAAUGGAGCUGAUCCUAAUCGAGAAGCUCAACAAAACUUGGUGCAACUUCAAGACCAAUUUGCUGGAUUUCAAUUUCAAAAUCAAUAUCAACAUCCGAAUCGUCGAACAACUGCAGAACAAAUAUUGCUUCGUGUGAAUGAAAUGCGAAAUCAAAACCUUCAAGAGAAGUUGGCAUUUUUCAGAGCUAAAUUUCCUGGAGCACCCGUUUUCCCAAGACCGCAGAAUUAUCAAGGACACCAGGGAGCUCACGAUUUCCAAUGA